AUGACACAAUUCGGUGAUAUUGAUAAACUGGCCAUAUCAACAGUAAGAUUACUCGCUGUUGAUGCUGUUUGUAAAGCCAAUUCUGGUCAUCCUGGUGCUCCUCUAGGUAUGGCGCCAGCUGCCCAUGUUCUUUGGACACAAAUGAACUUGAGUUCAAAAUGUGUAGAUUGGGUCAACAGAGAUAGAUUCGUUUUAUCCAAUGGGCAUGCGUGUGCAUUGUUAUAUGCCAUGUUACACUUGUCUGGUUAUGAUUAUUCCAUUGAGGAUCUAAAGCAAUUUAGACAACUCAAUUCCAAAACUCCUGGUCAUCCUGAGUUUGAAUUACCAGGUGUCGAAUUAACUACUGGUCCUUUAGGUCAGGGUAUUUCAAGUGCUGUAGGUUUGGCAAUUGCUCAAAAAAAUUUGGCUGCUACCUACAACAAACCUGGAUUUGAAUUAUCAAACAACUUUACUUAUGUCUUCGCCGGUGAUGGUUGUUUGCAAGAAGGUGUUUCUUCCGAAGCUUGUUCCGUCGCUGGUCAUCUUCAACUUGGUAAUUUGAUUGUCAUUUAUGAUGACAACCAUAUUACUAUUGAUGGUGGCACUAAUCUUUCUUUCACUGAAGAUGUUUUGAAAAGAUAUGAAGCAUACGGCUGGGAAACUUUGAGCAUCGCUGAUGGUGACAGUAAUUUAAAUGAAAUUUCGCAAGCUAUUCUUAAGGCAAAGCAAUGCAAGAACAAACCAACGAUAAUUAAAAUGAAUACUACCAUCGGAUUUGGUUCCUUAAGUCAAGGUAAAGAAACUGUCCAUGGUUCUCCAUUGAAGCCAGAUGAUCUUAAACAACUAAAAAAGAAAUUUGGCUUUGAUCCAGAAAAGUCAUUCGUUGUGCCACAGGAAGUUUACGAUUUCUAUAACGAAAAAAUAACUGAAAGAGGUUUAGAAGAGUGUACUAAAUGGGGAAAAUUAUUCUCUGAAUACAAGAAGAAGUAUCCAGAAUUAGGGGCUGAACUCCAAAGAAGAAUUGAUGGUAAAUUACCAGCUAAUUGGGAAUCAAAAUUACCAGUCUAUACCCCAUCUGAUCCUGCAAUUGCUACCAGAAAACUAUCCGAAGUUGUUUUGAAUAGUAUUUGGGAUACACUACCAGAAUUAAUGGGUACCUCUGCUGAUUUAACACCUUCUAAUUUGACAAGAGCAAAGGGCUCAGUUGACUUUCAACCACCAUCAACGAAAUUGGGUGACUGGAGCGGUAGAUACAUCAGAUGUGGUGUCAGAGAACAUGGUAUGGGUGCCAUUAUUAAUGGGAUAGCCGCAUAUGGGGCAAACUUUAAACCUUAUGGAGGUACAUUUUUAAAUUUCGUAUCUUAUGCAGCUGGUGCGGUAAGGGUUGCUGCAUUAUCAGGUUACCCAGUUAUUUGGGUAGCCACCCAUGAUUCUAUAGGUUUAGGUGAGGAUGGUCCAACACAUCAACCUAUCGAGACUGCUACCCACUUUAGAGCACUACCAAAUAUCCAAGUAUGGAGACCAGCAGAUGGUAAUGAAACCUCAGCUGCUUACAAAGUGUCAUUAGAAAAUAAGCACACACCAAGUAUUAUUGCCUUAACCAGACAAAACUUACCACAAUUGGAAGGUAGUACAAUUGAAAAGGCCUCUAAAGGUGGUUAUAUUUUACAAGAUGUAGCCAAGCCUGAUAUCAUCCUAAUUGCGUCAGGUUCUGAAGUGUCACUAUGUGUAGAUGCUGCUAAAUUACUAAAAUCUAAGAAUAUUAAUGCUCGUAUAGUUUCAAUUCCAGAUUUCUUUACUUUUGACAAGCAAUCCGUUGAUUACAGAAUUUCUGUUUUACCAGAUGGUGUGCCAAUUAUGUCAGUUGAAGUUUGGGCUACAUUAAGCUGGCAUAAGUAUGCACAUGAAUGUUUUGGUAUUGAUGACUUUGGUAGAUCAGGUAAAGCCACUGAUAUUUACAAAUAUUUUGGUUUUACAGAACAAGGGGUUGUUGAAAGAGCAGAAAAAGUCCACAAAUUCUACCAAGAUAAGAAAGUGUGCUUAUGUUCUCCUUUCAAGAAGGCUUUAUGA